AAUUCAACAUUUGGAACAUUUUGGGACGCAUAAAUUAGGCAAAAUUAUAUUUCAAAUUUUUUGUAGCUACUUUGCAGACUAAGAUGAGUGACUGUGAUGAGAAUGGUAAAUCGAAAACUUCGCCGCAGGGUUGCCCCAAGCCCAAGUCCUGCAGGCCACCACCAGCACAGCCCACAUGUCUGCCACAGCCCACUCUCUGGUCGAAGCUCAAUUGUGUGCCAUGCAAUCGCUUGUUCUUCUUCUUUCUGGGUGCAGGCUUAGCGCUGUGGUAUGAUCAGCAUCAGCAGGAGGCAAAGAAAGCCGAAAAGGAGAAAGCCAAGCAAAACCAAAAGUCGCCCAAGGAGCUAGAGAAGGAGCGCAAGGAGAAAGAAAAGCAGCAGAAAGAAAAAGAAAAGCAGCAGAAAGAGAAAGAAAAGCAGCAGAAAGAGCGCGAGGCUAAGGAGAAAAAGGAAGCAGAAAAGAAAGCCAAAGAGGAGGAAAAGAAAGCUAAGGCGCAAAAGUAGUAACAGACUAGAAACAAUAUUUAAAUAAAUACAAUAAAAUGUACAGUG